CCACUGGAGCAGAAAUUGCUUUUUAUUUGAGAGUUUUUUCCCGGCACAGAGUUUUCAUCCGAGAGAAUCCAAAAUGUCUUUCAAAUCCGACGCUAUCAUUGAGAAAAUUAAGGUUCGUCUUACGAAAAUCGACCCCAACAACCGCCAAGUAGAGCACGUUUACAAAUUCAACAUUACUGUUGGUGGAAAGGUCGCCAAGACAUGGGUUCUCGACCUGAAAAACGUGAAGGUCUUUGAGGGAGACUCCCCUGAUGUUGAAUGCUCAGUAACAGUGUCUGAUGAAGAUUUCUUUGCCAUGGGAAGUGGAACUCUCAGCACCAAGGAUGCCCUUGCUCAAGACAAAAUUGAUGUAGAUGGAAAUCUUGAAUUGGUUGGAAAGCUCGCUCCAUUUGUAUCGUCGCUGUAAAUACCAACCAUUUUCCAUUUACAAAUUUAUAUUUCAUGCACUAUAAAUAAAAGAAACACGAUAAAAA